ACGUGGGAUUCUGACACGACGCGGGAUCCUGACGCAGCGCGGGAUACUGAUGCAACGCAGGAUCCUGACACUUCCAGAGGAGACCCUGACACUUCCAGAGGAGACCCUGAUAUUUCCAGAGGAGACCCUGACACUGCCAGAGGAGACCCUGACACUUCCAGAGGAGACUCUGACACUUCCAGUGGAGACACUGACACUUCCAGAGGAGACCCUGAUACUUCCAGAGGAGACCCCGACACUUCCAGUGGAGACCCUGACACUUCCAGAGGAGACUCUGACACUUCCAGAGGAGACCCUGAUACUUCCAGAGGAGACCCCGACACUUCCAGAAGAGACGCUGACACUUCCAGAGGAGACUCUGACACUUCCAGAGGAGACCCUGACACUUCCAGACGAACUCGUGAUUCUGAAGACAAUUUGGCAGCAUUUGGAGUAGAUGCACGUAGUCCAGAUUCGUCAAGUGGGACAUGUUUUUCAGAUUAUAUCGGUAUAACAGAACCUCUGUCCGCGGAGGAAAUAAGGUCUCACCCCUUAAACAGAAUGUGGGAUAGAACAUUUUAUCGGCGAUAUCCUCGAAGCCAGAGAGUUGCGGCAAUUAGACAUGAAAUGCCAAACGUUGAACAAUGUGUAUUUGAACAACAAAUACCUCCUGACGCAACGCGGGAUUCUGACACAACGCGGGAUCCUGACACAACGCGGUACACUGAUGUUAUGCGGGAUUCUGACACUUCCAGACGAGACCUUGACCUUUCCAGAGGAGACCCUGAUAUUUCCAGAGGAGACCCUGACACUUCCAGACGAACUCGUGA